GACUCAUUUGACAAUGACAAUUGACAUAACCUCACUUGUUUGCGAAAAUGUCGAUUUACUUCAGUGGAAGUUUUUCCCGGUCUGCGGGUGUUAUUAGUGCAAUAGUAAAACAAUUAAAAUCCGUGAAUUUAAAACCUGUGAAAAAGAUUCAAGUCCAAUUCGACCCCUUUCACCCAAAUGCUGUCACGGCGAGAGACUUCCUUUUCCAUAUAUCAACCCCAAAAGUGAUCGAAACCAACUUAAAUUGUGUCAUUAGACCAAACGUUGUUUGCGACAGGAGUGAGCCUGAGAUUAAAAUUGAUUUAGUCGAUUCAGGGAGCGUUACGUUUCGUGCAAACAAUUUAACAGUUUUGGAAAUACUGCAGCAGUUUAACAAACACAUUAGUAGUAAAGUGAAAGAGGAAGAAGUUAAGCCAUCGCCAGUGACUAAAUCAGAGAAAAAGAAGAAGUGGUAACAUGGGCAUGAAAGUGAAUCAUAAAAAUUAUCAAUUGAAAUUAAUAGAUCAUGUCUAUAAUCAAAUUCCAGCAUUCACAGAUAUUUUCACUGAAGAAACGUUUUACAUGACUGUGGUGGCCAUUGUCAUAAGCACCAUAGUGGUAGUGUUCAUUGUUUCACGCUUUGUUACCCUUAAACCUGUAGAGUAAUCCGUAAUAAAUGUUUUUAUUAAAAUUAAA